UAUUAUUUUUGAAAAAAGCUCUGGCCACACUGGCGCUAAUCACGGAAAUCCGAUUCGGACAAAAACAAUAGAAUUAUUAUCAAUCAGUGCAACGCGACCCCCACCAGCAUAAUUGAAACCAUGCCAGCUCAUUGGCUGCGAACGUUGUUUUGCAUCUGGACUCAUUGAAAAACCUAGCAGAAAGCGGUGACGUCACUAUCGCAAAACACAACUUUAACUGCGCAGCGCAAGAAAAACAAAAACAAGGAAAGUCUGUUGUGGGUUGGGGAAGUCGAACGAGGGUUCGAGAAAUUGAUCCGCCCCAUUGUGGCUAGUUUCACUUUUACCACGACGAUUUAAUUAAACCGGAGCACGUUCAAAGAUUAGUUCACGAUGACUGGUGAUGAGAAGUUGCCGCUUAAGCAGGCGGAGGUCUCUAUUCAGAGGUUUCAGGACAUGGCGGUUCCUCACCACCUGAGCCUCCUCAAAAACCACCGCAGCAACAUCGAAAAGAGUCUGGCCUUGGGAGACUGGCAGAAAAUCAAAAAGGAGGAACUCAAUGCUCUGCGGGUGAUAAAACAGAUCAAAAAUCUCCUUCUGGAAAUGGAUGCACUGCGGGAGAAAGUGCGCGAGGAUGACCUGGAACGCUUUGAUGAGCUAAUGCGCCCUGGGAGGGAAAGAGCCUUCGCUGGAAUGAAGGAUUUCGCAGAGCUCCAACUUAAGUCACCCACCUCCACUUUGGGCUCUCAGUACGACGAGGAGGACAAUCAGGCGCAUCAAAUGGACAUGAGAAAUUUUUCCGCACACCAACAAAUGCCGCAGCUACAGACAAAUUUUCAGUUGGAAGAGCACCAAUUGGCCCAGCGACAAGCCUGUCUGGAACAGAUGGAGAAUCUGCAGAGGGAGAUCUACGACCUACACGGAAUGUUCCACGGCAUGCGGCAACUGACUGCAGAGCAGUCGGUGGCGGUGGAAAAGAUCGCAGACAAUGCCGAGGAGGCGUUGGAAAAUGUUCAAGAAGGAGAGAGGCAGCUGCGGCAGGCGCUUACCUACAAAAAAGCUAUGUACCCAGUGGUAGGUGCUCUGCUUGGCACUUGUGUGGGAGGACCCAUAGGUCUGGUAGCCGGCAUCAAAGCCGGAGGAUUGGCAGCUGUGGGAUGUGGCAUAUUGGGCUUCACUGGAGGCUCGGUCUUAAAAUCAAAUCCCAAUGUAAUGCAUGGCAAUAUUGAAGAACAAACGGCGGAGGGCGACAGUGAGAAUACCGAGAAGCUGGAGCUCAAGGAAAAGCCAGAAUGACCCAUCGGCGACAGCGCCAGGACCAUGUCCACGGCCCUGGCCACCACGCACAUCUGGUCGGCGAAUACCCGGCGCCUGGAAGCGGCCACCAGUGGCAUUGUGUGCAGCGUUCGUAGUUACUGUUCCGUUCAAUAGAGAUUUUAGGCAUCUUUUAGUUCAAUUAACCCUCUCUCCCAAAUUUUGUGAUCACCUUUGCAAUGCAGCCUACCAUUACCAUUUUAGUGUCUACUUUAAGCGUUAAAUAAUUGUUGUACUCAUGUCAUGACACGGAAUCUAUGUAUAGCUUGUAAGUUCUAAUACGCAAUAUAAUCCCAUAGCUUUAACUUUUAAA